GACUUUUAAUUCUUCAAUUUCAAUGUAAUUAAUUGAAAUAUUUAAUUAAUUAUUUGCAACUCUGAUUACUGGUUCGGAACAAGAACAAGUUCUUGUUGAUUGCAAUGCUGAUUAUAUACAAAUACACAGUAAAUAAACAGAAAGCCAGCGAAGACACUCCAUAAAAAGAUAGGAGUGGGGAUAAAAAGCCAGCUUUUCUUCGCUCCAUGAAAAGGAAGGAGGCGAAUUGCGAUAGCUAAGCGACGCUGCUUUUUAUUGGAUGGAGAGGGGGUAAAAGCCAGCUUUGCUUCGCUCGCAUGAAAUUGUACCUUUAAAGCCUGCGUUCGAAAAUAGUUUUAGCUGGUGUUGGGAAAAAAAGUUAAGUUGGUAGUAUUGAGAAUUCCCAACGCUGGGUGUUUACGAUAAUGGCUAUCCGAGUAAUUUUCUCUAGGACCGAAAUGUAUGAUAAGCACAGCCAUCUACUACCAUCAUGAUUCGUGACAACUCAAUGCUGUCUGGUAUUCGUCAUGUUAAGCGAUGGGUGCCGCCACGGUGCGGAGGCAAACGGUAACUAAAAAUAGGUCCAAGAUAUGCUGUUUGAAUGCUUCAUAAAAAACUUAAGAGAAAAUGACUUUUUUGGUAAAUUUAACCUAUUUAUUAAACUACGCAGGUGAGGGCAGUUGCAAAUAUAUUGAAGGGGGAAAUGUUGUGAAUGCACAUUACUUGAUAACGCGAUGACAGUGGCAUCACAGGUGAUGAUAAAGAGAAAACGAGUUUAAUAUUUUUAUGUCUAAAGUCAAGCAAUUUAUACAGUAAUGAAAUUAAUAUAUAAAUUAUAAAAAAUAUUAAUGAAAAAAUUAUUAAAUGUUCAUGUUUGUGUAAAGCCGAGUCUGGACAAUGCAAGCACUGCAUAAGCUCUUAUAUAUUUAAUUAGGUAAAAGUUAUAUAUAAAUAUAUUAAAAGUAUUAUUAUACUUUUAAUUAUUUAAUUUUAAUGUAACAAAUAUUUUUCACUUAAUUUACAGGACAGAAAUGAUGAUAUAGAAAGAUCUACAUGCAUUGAUAUUAAACAGAAAUGAGGCAAAUUAAAAAACACUCAGAACAAUGUAUGAAGCGGUACCAAUUGAAAAAUUUUGUCAUAGAUUACAAAAAGAAUGUAAUUACAUUGGUACCCAAAAUUAGUCCAUGUAUGUUAGAUGAACUUGUGCAAUGUAUAUUAAAAGAUAAGAAAAACAGUAUGCUUAUAAAUUAAAAGAAGGCUACAAUAAAUGAGAAAAGAUCUGCACUUAAUACUGCUCCAAAGAAAAAUAUAUUUAUUACCGUAGAAGAAUGCAAAUGUAUCUUUAGUCAGACAAUUUGUUCACCAAUAGAAAAUGAUUCUCUUUUAUAUAAUGUGAUUACAAAUUAACUAAUUUCGAGUACCUUGUAAUUACAUUCUUUUUGUAAUCCAUGACAAAAUUUUUUAAUUGGUAACUUCCAGAGAUUGAACAUAUCGGGUAAAUUAAUGUACUGCAUGUAUAGUCAUAUAGCCGCGAGUAGUUCGCAAGAUCGCCAGUAGAGGUAAUAGGCGGGUUCUGAGCCAGACAAUGGGGAUGACGUCACUAGGGGGAAGGAGAUGGGGGAAGGGUAUGUUUUCGAAGAUCCUUUGGAUCCGCCGCCUCGCAGGUGUCAGAUAAGGGAAGGAGUUUCAUAAUAUCUUAUAUAUAUAUAUUUAUUUAUUUUGUAAAUCUAAUCUUUUUUUUUAUUAUUGCGAAUAUUGAUAUUUCCGGUUCCCAAAAACAUUUAAUACGUAGUCAUUUUAUUCGAAGAUAUGUAAGUACACUGCCGAACAAUGAUUCGGCCCAUUCCCUAGCGAGUUUAUCUAGGACUUGUCCUAUAUAAAUUUUGCUAGGAUGGAAUGGGUUGAAUCAUUGUCCGGCAGUGUACACAGAUUUUCUUCGACUCGAAACUUUAUCGUCACGUCGAUAUUAAAUUUUAUUGCAUUCGGAUACUUUUGCCGACGUGCUCGACGGAAAAGCCUACAGUUGCGUUUGAUAUUACCCCAAAAUAAAAAUUUUUUGAUACAAUUGAACACGUUUUCAUAUGUCGAAGCCCAUAGGCUUAUUAGUUGUAAACAAGUAGCAUGGAUAUAUAUAUAUGGCGAGACUCUUAGAGUAACUCUUAGACCAAAAAGAUCAAGCGUUCGAGAUCGCAGCUCAAUCGUCGAAGUUUUUCUGAAAGUGAAAUUUAAUUAUUAAAAUAUAUUGCAAGAUGCGUACUGUACAGAUUAUAUAUCCAGUAGAAGGUGUAAGUAUAAGUGACAGUGCAAGUUUUAUGUGCGGUAAAGUGUAUAGAUUUAAUAAUAAUUUUUAAAAUUUUACAGUUUGUAUACGUAGACGAGACACCAAUUACAGGUGUCACAUUUGCCAAUAGUAUUACGGUACCACUACUCCCACAACAAAAUCAAAUGUAUAUACCAUUGAGUAAUUUAAUUUCGGUGCGCGGUUCCGUAGGACCACAGGUAAGUUGUAGAUUAUUCAAUUUAAUGUCAUUAUAUAUAUAUAAUUAUAAUUACAAUUAUAAAUUUUUUACAGCCGUGGUUUCCCUACGCUGAUAUACACAUCCCCGGCUUUAUCAAUAUCGAAAAGAAAAUCUGGACGCAAUACUUUAGGAAGAUCAAUCAGGACCAUAAUGAUGAUCUAAUAAACCAUUCUUAUGGAGAAUUUGGCAUGGCCGACGUAUUUGAUUUACGCAAAUUGUUUAAUAUGGAGCCGCUGGUUGACGAGGAUUUGGAAGAUUGGAGUCGCGAUGAAAUUGCACCGAUUAAUGAGUCUGGAGCCUCUAAUCAGCGAUUUAGAAAUUUAAGAAUAGUUUUUUUAAACAACAUACAUUUAUAUUUUUAUAUUUAUACUUUUGCAUUAACUAUUUUUUUAUUUUAUAUGUAAUAAUUAAUUAAGAAUAUAUGUUAUUUAAAAAAAUAAAAAAAUAAAAAAAUAAAAAUUUAGUCAGUCUCUCUUACAUUUGUCUACUCAUCACCAUACUAUCCUUUCACUUUUUAUCUCGUAUUAUUAUUAUUAUUAUUAUUAUUAUUAUUAUUAUUAUUAUUAUUAUUAUUAUUAUUAUUAUUAUUAUUAUUAUUAUUAUCAUAUAUAUAUAUCAUAGUUGACAUGUUUGCUGAAAAACUUAAGAAUACGUUUAAUACUCACUCUCCAAAAAUUUCUUUAUUACGAUUGAGCAUAUGUCGAAGCUCAAGCGGUCCACAGACUUCAAAGAUCACGUGACUAUUUACAAAUAGUAUGGGUAUAUAUGACGAUACCCUUAAAGCAUCCCUUUAGAGCUACGGAUCAUAGGUUCGAGUUAUAGUCGGUUUGUCAAAACGUGAAACCUACACAAAUUUUCAACGCGGGUUAAACGAAUCUGCGUUUUUUUACAUAUAAUGGAAAAUUUCGAACAAGUAGAACGCGAACUCUUAGAACAAGUAAACGGAGUUGCUACAUUGAGCGAAUUUUUUACAUGGCUACAACAAUGUGAGGAAUGCAUCGAACAGCUCGGGGAACGCAAUCGUACCAAGCGUCUUCGACUAGCUGUUGGACAGAGACAAUCUUUGGUAGCGAGAAUCGCGCGACUCGAGGGUGAAAAAACGCGACUGCAAAGACGUUUUAUACACGUAGGUGGUAAUUACGCGAGCACUAGUGACAAUAGCGAUAACGCGAGACUUGAGUGGCGUGAAAUAAAUACUGCGUUCAAGAGCCGUAUCUUAACCGGUGUAAUAAUUAAUGUGCAUCACAUCGAACCACGUCAACUUUUAGAAAAAGCUAAAAACAUUGUGCUCGAGCGAGUGCGGGACGCUCUAGAAAGACACAACAGUCUAAAAGUGAACACCGCGUUUAACGGUGAGUUUGUAACAGGUGAAAAACAUGCUAAUAAAAGCAUUACCACGAAAAACAGCGCUCUCUUUAAAACAUCGGACUUGGACGAGUGGUAUGAGCGGUACAUUAUCGAGGUUACGUUAGCGAAGCUCGAAGAAUUUGAAGAAGGCGAUAGUGGAUGGGCGCUGUCGCGUAUACAAAAUUUAACCGUAAACGUGAACAAGUACAAUCCUAUGCAUGCGGGGCAUCACGUGACAUUACCGCGGCAGAUAGCAACAAAACGUGCGGUUGUUAGCGUGAAAUCAACAGACUAUGCAUGCUUCGCGUGGUCGGUGAUAGCUGCUCUGUAUCCCGCAGAAAAGCAUAGUGAAAGAAUGACAUCGUAUCCGCAUUAUACAAAGAUUCUGAAUUUCGACGACAUUGAGUUUCCAAUCGCUCUGAAGGACAUUGAAAAAUUUGAGAGACUCAACGACAUUUCAGUCAACGUCUACGGGAUCGAAAAGGAUAAAAUUCUUCCGCUGCAGCUCUCCAAAGACAAGAAAGAGAAGCACGCCAAUCUUCUGUACGUGCAAGAUUCGGGCGAAGACAGCAUGGGCCACUUUGCAUGCAUCAGGAAUCUGUCCCGCCUAGUGAGCUCGCAAGUGAGCAAACACAAUGGAAAAGUAUACAUUUGUGAUCGGUAAGUAUACAAGUAA